GAAGUUUGACAGAACGUUCUAUCUUCAGCAGACUUCAAUUGUGUGUUUUUUUUUCACAAUACAUUUUUGUGGAAAUAGGAACUAAAUUUCGACGGUGCAAACUAUACAUAUGAUUGCCGCAUAGCUUAAUCCCGUAUCCUGCAGGCAGUUAUUCUAGCGCAAACCAAACAUAGCACACAAUGGCUGAAUCAAAGAAACCAACCGAAGAUAACUCACGGGACAAGGAGUUGGACGAUCUGCUCGACAGUGCUCUGGAAGAUUUCAACAAACAGAAAGAUGAGCCAAAAAAAUUGGCGACUGAAAGCGCGUCGGGUGAACAGAGCGUACAGCACGAAGAUCCGCCAACAGAGCAACUUUGGAACGAAGAAUUCAUCGACCAGCAAGCGAAAAUGUUCGAACAGCAUAUGGCCGCUCUGUUCGGUGGAGGAGAGAAGGUUGAUAGCGAACAGAUAAUGCUAGGAUUUCAACGAAUCGCGGAAGCGGCCGGUAUGGCGGUGCGUGCGGAAGGUACACCGGAAGCGGAAGCAGCAGCUCCAGCCAACACACUGGAUCCAUCAAUUAGUCAAAGCAUUAGCGAUGCUUUGAAAGCGAUGAGCGAGGGACGCGAUAACUUGCAAACUCCAUUUAGCCCCGAAGAUGUUGCCAACAUGUUUGGCAACAUCGAUCUAAAUGCAACGGGUGAAAACAAUGCUUUUCUGCCGUUCAUGCAAAACAUGAUGCAGAGCUUGCUGUCGGCCGACGUGUUGCUGCCGAGCAUGCGAGAUCUGGUCGCUAAGUACCCGCCAUGGUUAGCGGAGCAUGGUGCGACCCUGCCCAAGGAGGAUAAAGAGCGUUACGAGAAGCAACUAGUGCUGAUGAAGGAAGUCUGCGAAGAGCUGGAGAAAGAAAAGGCUGACGACAGUGCCGAAGUGAAGCGGGACCGGUUUCAGAUCGUGCUGGAAAAGAUGCAGUCGAUGCAAGACCUUGGCCAACCACCGACCGAUUUGGUAGGCGAUCUGGGUACGGGAAAUCUCAACCUGCCCACUCUCGAUCCUUCCUCGUUUAAUGAGCAAAAUCCCUGUCCAAUCAGUUAACUCCUAAGGAUCAGAUCGGGCGAUCAGAGCCUGCUGAGCGCCUGAGCGAACGAACAUAGUGUCCCCCCUCCCUCCCCGUACCCCCUUCCCCUCGCUGGUGUGAUGAUGGUGUUGGCUUGACAUUGCAGACGUAUUACCGGUAUGCUGUGUUUUCGGUAGCGCAUAGGGCUUGAUUGUUAGUUUUAAACAUUACCGGGGCCGAACAAUAUUCCCGGUGAACCGUAUUUGGGUUGCUUAAUCUUUGUUAUUUCAUUAAAAAUAAAAACGCUACGAGCGUUUACAGAACUAUA